AUACAGUAGUUUGUUGCAUCCACGUCACUCUCUCUAUCUGAAAGCAGAGCAGAAAAGGAAAAGCGGCGCCGCUGAGUUGGUAUAUAUCCGAGACGCCACCACAGUGAGUGUUUGCGUCACUGAAACUGAAUAUUCAACUUCAGCACACUCUCUCUAUCUAGGGUUUUUCCAUGGCCACCGUGAUCCGCAAUCCUAUCCUCUUUCCCUCCACCUCUCACCGCCCCAACCAAAACCACAGCAACAACACAUUCCUCAUUUUCCGCUUCCCUCAAACCUCACGCUCUUCUCUCCACUCAAAAUCCCGAUUCGCCUUUUCCUGCUCCCAAUCGGAGCCUCCUCCUCCUUCUCCUUCUGCUUCUCCUCGACGGCGUCCUCCGUACAUCCCGAACCGCAUUCCUGACCCUUCCUAUGUCCGCAUUUUCGACACCACUCUCCGCGACGGCGAGCAGUCCCCGGGCGCCUCCAUGACCUCCAAGGAGAAGCUGGAUGUGGCGCGGCAGCUUGCCAAGCUCGGCGUCGACAUCAUCGAGGCCGGCUUCCCUGCCGCCUCCAAGGAUGACUUCGAGGCCGUCAAAAUGAUCGCCCAAGAGGUCGGCAACGCCGUUGACGACGACGGAUACGUCCCCGUCAUCUGUGGCCUCUCCCGCUGCAACGAGAAGGACAUUCGUACAGCCUGGGAGGCCGUCAAGUACGCCAAGAGGCCCAGGAUUCACACCUUUAUCGCCACCAGCGCCAUUCACAUGGAGUACAAGUUGAGAAUGUCCAAAGACAAGGUCGUCGACAUUGCCCGCAAUAUGGUCAAGUUCGCUCGUAGCUUGGGCUGCGAAGAUGUCGAGUUCAGUCCUGAAGAUGCUGGAAGGUCGGAUAGGGAGUUUCUUUAUGAAAUUCUUGGAGAAGUUAUUAAGGCCGGGGCCACCACGCUCAACAUACCUGACACUGUUGGUAUAACUAUGCCCAGUGAAUUUGGAAAGUUGAUUGCUGAUAUUAAAGCUAAUACCCCUGGAAUUGAAAAUGUUAUUAUUUCCACCCACUGCCAGAAUGAUCUCGGACUUUCUACUGCAAACACUAUAGAGGGUGCGCGUGCUGGUGCAAGGCAACUGGAAGUGACGAUUAAUGGGAUUGGUGAAAGGGCUGGAAAUGCCUCCCUAGAAGAGGUUGUGAUGGCCUUGAGAUGCGGAGCACAUGUCAAUGGCAAUCUCUACACUGGAAUUAAUACGAAGCACAUCUUUCUGACGAGCAGGAUGGUCGAAGAGUACACUGGUUUGCAGUUACAGCCACACAAGGCUCUUGUGGGAGCUAAUGCCUUCGCCCAUGAAAGUGGCAUACAUCAGGAUGGAAUGCUAAAACACAAAGGUACAUAUGAAAUAAUAUCACCUGAGGACAUUGGACUUGAAAGAACCAAUGAAGCUGGUAUUGUACUGGGGAAGCUUAGUGGACGCCAUGCUUUGAGAAAGCGACUUGAAGAGCUUGGUUAUGAACUUAGUGACGACCAAGUUCAGACUUUAUUUUGGCGUUUUAAAGCAGUGGCUGAGCAAAAAAAGAGGGUUACUGAUGCUGACCUCAGAGCAUUGGUAUCAGAUGAAGUUUUUCAAGCAGAGCCUGUCUGGAAACUUGGUGAUUUGCAGGUGACUUGUGGAACUCUUGGCCUUUCUACAGCAACUGUCAAACUUUUGAGUAGUGAUGGUAGCACACAUGUUGCUUGUUCUGUUGGUACAGGACCAGUGGACUCGGCAUACAAGGCUGUGGAUCUGAUUGUGAAGGAGCCAGUAACACUUCUUGAGUACUCAAUGAAUGCAGUCACGGAAGGCAUCGAUGCAAUUGCCACUACCCGGGUUGUGAUUCGUGGGGAGAGUGAAACAAGUACUAGUACUACUCAUGCUUUAACUGGAGAAGCUGUUCUUCGAACAUUUAGUGGGACUGGAGCGGGAAUGGAUGUCGUUGUUUCCAGUGUCAAGGCCUAUAUUGCUGCACUAAACAAGAUGUUGGGUUUCAAGGAAACAUCUCCAUCUGCUGAAAAAAUUCCAGUUUCUUCAUUGAAGAUUUGAGAAUUUGUGUUGCUGCUUUGGUAACAGUUGUUUGUGUUCAACCACAAAGAGGAAGACAAAGUUGCAGCAGCAUUCUUGGCUCUCGCAGGUCUCCAUAUUUAAGGUGUCGUCCCUGUGUUUUGACCGGAAUGUAUUUGCAGUCAGGAAUUUAUUGAUUCACCCAAGUAGCCUUAGCAAAGAAUGUAACGUAAGUCCAUUUUGAAUAUUCAGACUACAGGGAUUCUUUCCCUUUUCAUUUUAUAGGGUGCCCUUUAUUUGAAAUUAUAAAUGUCCUUUAAGAUUAGAGUGUUCCUGUCCGUUCCAGAAUAAGGACAUCUCAAAGUUUCGUCUUGUGGCUAUAAUAAGGUGCUAUGGCACCAUUUUGUUGGAUCAAUGUAAUAUUUGUCAAUUGUCAAAAUAAAAAAUUUGGAAGCGGAUGGCUGUAUA